GGCGGGUGACUGGCAGCCGCUUUUCUCCGUCUUCCUCCGUGUCUCUACUCCUUCCCCUUCCCUCUGCCCCCCCCACGUCCAGUCCGGCCUGAGACAUGGACGAGGAGGUUCUAGUGGAGACGGGAGAUGUGACGGGUGACGGCGCGUGGUUCCUCGUGUUGAGCUCCGUGUUCUUGUGUAACCUUCUCAAAAUCCUCCUGCCCUCUUGCUCCUCCAUUAUAUCCAGAUUGCUACAAAAGGAUGCUGAGCAGGAAUCACAAAUGAGAUCUGAAAUUCAGAACAUGAAGCAAGAACUUUCUACCAUUAGUAUGAUGGAUGAAUUUGCUAGAUAUGCCCGACUGGAAAGGAAGAUUAACAAAAUGACUGAUAAACUUAAGACUCAUGUGAAAACACGAACAGCUCAACUAGCCAAAAUAAAGUGGGUAAUAAAUAUUGUAUUCUACAUUUUGCAGGCUGCCUUAAUGAUCUCACUAAUCUGGAAGUAUUACUCUGAACCAGUUACUGUGCUUCCAAGCAAAUGGCUAGCUCCACUAGAACGUUUAGUAGCUUUUCCAACAGGAGUAGCAGGUGGUGUUGGCAUUACUUGUUGGUUGGUGGUUUGUAACAAAGUUGUGGCCAUUAUGCUUCACCCUUUCAGUUGAGAAGGAAUCCUAGUUUCAGCCGACUUCUCAGUUUCUUGUGAAAUGCAGCAUCCAUACAUUGUACCAUCUGGAAUGUACCUGCCUAUGAAAAGCAGGCAGGGUUUGGGAUUGAGUAAUAAAGCAUCAAUAAAUCUUA